AUGACGGUUCAAGUCGUCCUCAAUACCCCGCUGGCGGAUGCCCUGAGCGCCGCCAUCCAACCGAAACUCAUCGAGGCCGGUUGGGCGUCCGACGAUGCUGCGCUCGCCGAGUAUAUUAUCCUCAUGCUCGUCAACGGUCGCACGCAGGAGCAGAUUGCCCAUGAGCUCGCGACUGAUCUCCUUGGUCUUGCUCCCGAUGAUCCCGCCUGCAGUGACUUCGCCGCUUGGUUAUUCCAACAAGUAGAACAGCUCAACGCCCAGCUGAAUGGUACUCAACCCGAAGGUGGCAAUGCCAUGGCUGGCAUGCCCCAGCAGAACGCUGGAUUUGGUGACAUGGACACUGAUAUGGGUGCGAACGAAGCAAACGAGCUCAACGCUCCAACCGGUCCGCGCUCCAUGCGAAAUGGCCCCAACCCCCGCGGAGGACGCGAAAAGCGCAUGCUCGGCCACAUGUCCAAGGCUAUGGAUAGAUCAACCGACUCGGUUCUUCACCGUACCCGCGGCAACGACAGAAUCAACUCUCAUGCUCGGGGACCUCCCACCGGACCGAGAGGCGGCAUGGGACGCGGCGGCCGAUCGAUGAACGGCCGUGGAGUCAACAUUCAGGCUGGUCUUAAUGCUAUGGCAGGGAUGAACGGCCAGCAAGUGCCUCCGGGCAUGAACGGUAUGAACGGCAUGAAUGGCGCUUGGGCAAUGCCAGGACAACAACCCAAUCAAAUGGAUCUCAUGGCAAUGAUGGAGCAGCAGGCACAAAUGAUGUCUCAGCUUCAACAACAGCUCAUGAACCAGUCUGGUGGCCGUGGCGGACGUCGUGGUGGCAAGUCUCUGUUCGACCGAACCCAGAACCGCAACAACUUCAGAAACAACCGUCAACCCAACGACAAGUCGGACUCGGCAAUGACGGAAGGAGCUGAAGGCGAUGAUGUUGAAAUGGGACAAUCGAAACGCGAACCACCCAACCCCGACGAGACCGUCUGCAAGUACAACCUCCACUGCACCAACAAGGAGUGCAAGUUUGCGCAUCAAUCUCCUGCCGCCCCCCCUGGCACUACUGUAGACCUUAACGAUGUCUGCACCUUUGGCGCCGCAUGCAAGAACCGGAAGUGUGUCGGCCGUCAUCCCUCUCCGGCAGCGAGACUUGCGCACCAGAGCGAGCAAGACUGCAAGUUCUUCCCCAACUGCACAAACCCUAGAUGCCCAUUCAGGCAUCCUGAAAUGCCUCUGUGCCGCAACGGUGCCGGCUGCACCACCGAAGGUUGCAAAUUUACACACGUUAAAAUCAAGUGUAGAUUCAACCCUUGCAAGAACCCCCACUGCGUCUACACGCACGACGAAGGACAGCAGGGAGUCUUCAAGGACAAGGUGUGGACUGCGGAUGGCAACAGCCAUGUCAGCGAACGGCAAUAUGUGGAUCCCAAGGCCGAGACGGAGGUCAUACUUCCCGAAUCGGAGAAUGCCGUCGGUCAGGAGCAGGGCAACGUUCAGGAAGUCAUCAGCUAA